GCAGUUGGCUGUGGACGCUUAACUCGCGCUCUGCAAUUUCCGGCGUGGGAGCCAAGCCGUGAGUCCUGUGUGAGUCCGCGACGAGGCGAAAAGCGUGGCGCUCAGGUCCUGCCCUAAGGCGGUCCUGUGGAGGGCUGGCCAGGGGGCCGGCGUUACGGCGCCUUGGACCUACUGAGGCUUAGGUGCCGGAGGCGGCUGCGGCCGGGCUGAAGCUGGGCAAUUUGGCCGUGACUUGAAGCCCCGGGUCCCCCGGCUCCUGACGCCAGCUAUUCCUGCCUGGGGCCGGGGGCUCCCUCUCAGGAGGGCGCAGCUCGUUUCGGGGGCAAGGCACACUCCGGGGUCCUGAUGAUGGCGUCGGGCCCGGGGUCUCAAGACCGGGAAGGGCUCCUGAUAGUGAAACUGGAGGAGGACUGCGCCUGGAACCAGGAGCUGCUCCCGCCAGACCCAGGGCCUAGCCCGGAGGCCUCCCACCUGCGCUUCAGACGGUUCCGCUUCCAGGAGGCCGCUGGGCCCCGGGAAGCCCUAACCCGGCUUCAGGAGCUUUGCCAUGGGUGGCUGCGGCCUGAGAUGCGUACCAAGGAGCAGAUCUUGGAGCUGCUGGUGCUGGAGCAAUUUCUAACCAUCCUGCCCCAGGAGAUCCAGAGCAGGGUUCAGGAGCUGCACCCGGAGAGCGGCGAGGAAGCGGUGACCCUUGUGGAAGAUAUGCAGCGGGAACUUGGGAGACUGAGGCAACAGUUGCCUGAGAGCUUAGAGGACGUGGCUAUGUACAUCUCCCAGGAGGAGUGGGGGCAUCAGGAUCCUAGUAAGAGGGCCCUCUCCAGGGACACGGUGCAGGAGAGUUAUGAGAAUGUGGACUCACUGGAGUCUCAGGUUCCCAGUCAGGAAGCCCUGAGCACCCAGGUGGAACAAGAAGGAAAACCAUGGGAUCCCAGUGUCCAGAGUUGCAAGGAGGGCCUGAGCCCCAGAAGCCCAGCUCCAGGGGAAGAGAAAUUUGAGAACCGGGAAGAAAGUGCUUGGUCCAUUUCCCCUGAGAGCAUUCAUCCGCAGGCGCUGCUGCCUGGCCAGGUCAGAGGGGAGGUGCCCUGGAGUCCUGAGCAGGGACAGCCUGGGGACAGGGCAGAAGGGCAUUGGGAGACUCCCCCAGCGGGUCGGAUGGAGCAGUCUUUAGUGGCGGCCACACGUUGCAGAGAAGUGGGACGACCAAAGGAACUACAGCCGAAGAAGCUCCAUUUAUGUCCCUUGUGUGGCAAAAAUUUCUCUAACAACUCGAACCUGAUUAGACAUCAGAGAAUACAUGCAGCAGAAAGACUGUGUAUGGGUGUGGAGUGCAGUGAAAUCUUUGGAGGGAACCCACACUUUCUAUCACUGCACAGAGCACACUUGGGAGAGGAGGCCCAUAAGUGCCUCGAAUGUGGAAAAAGCUUCAGUCAGAAUACUCACCUCACUCGCCAUCAGCGCACCCACACAGGCGAGAAGCCCUAUCAGUGUAACGUAUGUGGAAAAAGCUUCUCUUGCAACUCCAACCUCCACAGACACCAGAGAACGCACACCGGUGAAAAGCCUUACAAGUGCCCUGAGUGCGGGGAGAUCUUUGCUCACAGUUCCAACCUCCUUAGGCACCAGAGGAUUCACACAGGAGAGAGACCCUAUAAGUGUGCUGAGUGUGGGAAAAGUUUCUCGCGCAGUUCUCACCUUGUCAUACAUGAAAGAACUCACGAGAGAGAGAGGCUUUACCCCUUCUCCGAGUGUGGAGAAGCAAUGAGUGACAGCACCCCCUUUCUUACAAAUCAUGGAACCCACAAGACAGAGAAGAAACUCUUUGAAUGUUUGACUUGUGGCAAAAGCUUCCGGCAGGGCAUGCACCUCACCAGACAUCAGAGAACACACACAGGAGAGAAACCAUAUAAAUGUGCCCUUUGCGGGGAAAACUUUUCUCAUAGAUCUAACUUAAUCAGGCACCAGAGAAUUCACACGGGAGAGAAACCCUAUACCUGUCACGAGUGUGGAGACAGUUUCUCUCACAGCUCCAAUCGGAUUCGUCAUCUGAGAACCCAUACAGGAGAAAGACCUUAUAAAUGUUCUGAAUGUGGAGAAAGCUUUUCUCGGAGUUCACGCCUUAUAAGUCAUCAGAGAACUCACACCGGAUAGAAACAAUAGGAUUUCAUUUUGCCCCAGAUAAGGUGGCAUGUUCAGAGGGUCCUGUUGUUGAGAGCUGGUAUUGCUUAUCCAGCCAACCAAAUCAUCUGUGUUUUUAAGGUAAUUACUAUAAAGAGUAACAGGGAUGGCGGGGUGUGAGGGUCAUUGUGAGGCAGCAAAGGAUUUGCAUAAAACUAUAAAGGAAUUAUGUUUGAAAUAGUGAGGAUGGCAAGUCUUUGAGGUGAUGUGCUAAGGGUGAAAUUCUCCGUGAAGUCUGCCCUGUCUCGGUGCACCUGCCCCCUUGGUAUAUUUAUCAAGUUGUGAUUUGGAGGCCUUAACUGUGUCUAGUAUCUUUCCCAGCAACUUUGGGAAUCCAUGUGACUUUCCUUUUCCUGCUUCCUCACUUGGGACAUUCAGCAGGAGCAUUUGAGCUCUUGAGGCCCUUGAGACCAAAGAAGAGGGGCUGAGUCUCCUGGGAAACCAACUGGAGAGCAACCAAAGACUGGUGGUGAGUUGUAGCUCUCCAGAGGCCCUGACAGGGAAGCCACCAGUACACCUCAGUGCUCGACAGGAGGAUGGGUCCAUUGGCAGGCCAUGCAUGUAAAUGGCACUUCAGACAAGAAGGACCCAGAGACCUAAGGACCUAAGGGAAAUAGUAAGAUGGAAUUUUUAGGUCAGCCUAGGAAUUGGCAGAGGACUGGAGUCUGAAUUAGUCUACCCUUUGCAGAGAUCAAGACUUCCACCUCUGUCAGAGAAAGAUAAACAGAGCUCUGGAGUCUUCAGAGUUUCAUGUAAGAUGGGUUCCCUGGGAGACUUUGAAAACGUGGAUCUUAGGAGGAAAAUUAGGGAUCAUGUCUUUUCCCGUUGGAGAUAUGUUUGGAUGGUAAUAAAUAUCUUCAGGAAAUACGAAAGUGUGU